CCGCCCUUCACUUUAGCACAGAGGAGCAACAGCUCGUUUUCGUAGAACUUUGAUAGAAAGGCCCAUUUCUAGCCAUGAGUUUGGGUCUACUUUUUAUCUUCUCACAAGCCAGUUGACAAACCACAAGGGUGUAUGUGAGCUCGUGUAUGUAGGGUAGGGUGUUGACACCCCCACUACAAAGGUCCCUCUGCAGGUUGCUACCUACUCUAUUGCGGGGCAUCAGAUCCUUCUACAGCCCUGGGUAUUAGGCACCAAGAUUACUGUCCUCCCUUAAGAGUACUUUUUCACCCAAAAUUUGUUCUUCAUCUUUGUGGCAACUCAGACCUGUUAUUAUUUCAACAUGCUUGACUUUCUUGCUCGCGCUUCUUUAGUAGCUUCGGUCUUGGCCGCUGGCCGUACAACAGCCCCCUCUGGUGCAAUUACUGUUGGUUCUGGUGGUAAAUUCUCUACUGUAUGAGCACUCUUUUUCUGGCGAAUCAUUGUCCGAAUAAUAGCUGAUGUGAAUCAGAUUCAAGCUGCCAUUAAUUCUUUGAGCACGACAUCUACAACGGCUCAGAGCUUAUUUGUCCUUGCUGGCACAUAUAAUGAGCAAGUCAUUAUUCCGGCCAGAAAAGCAGCUCUUACUGUCUACGGAUAUACCGAGAAUACCGGUUCUCCCUCGUCAAAUGUGGUAACCAUUACUCAUAGCUCAAGUCUUCUCUCUGGUGCUAAAGACGAUGAAGCUAGUAUGUUCUACCUAUAUCUCCUUGCCUUGCAUACUCUUCAUACUUGUCGUCGAAUGGAGCUUUAUUUCCCCAACUAGGAAACAACUUACUGAUAUAUGUUUGUAGCUGGAACCGUACAGAACAGAGCCGUCAAUUCCAAGUUCUACAACAUCAACAUCAAAAACACCUACGGACAAGGCUCCCAGGCCAUUGCACUAUCAGCUUGGGGCGACAAGCAAGGAUACUACGGUGUUGGGCUUUCAAGUUACCAAGAUACCCUUCUCGCUCAAACCGGGAAGCAGGUCUACGGAAAAUGCCGUAUUGAAGGAGCCGUUGACUUCAUUUUCGGCCAACACGCACGAGCAUGGAUUGAUGGUGCCGACAUCAAGGUGGUUGGAAAAGGUGCUAUCACAGCAAAUGGAAAAGCAUCCUCUUCAGAUGUUUCUGCCUAUGUGAUUAACAAAUCUUCCAUCUCUGCUUCGUCAAGCUCGAUUGCGGCAGGAUCAGUUUACCUCGGUCGACCAUGGAGCAAGUAUGCGACUGUCUGCUUCCAGAACACCAAGAUGUCCAACAUUAUCAAUGCUGCUGGUUGGGAGGUGUGGAGUACCAGCUUGGCAAAUACCGAGAAUGCUGUUUUUCAGGAGUUUGGCAACACUGGAGACGGAGCUUCGGGACAGAGAGCAAGCUUCUCGAGUAAGAUUGGUUCUGCUAUUAGCAUCUCGACAAUCUUGGGCAGCGACUAUACUAGCUGGGUUGAUACAGCUUAUUUGUCUUAGAUGGGAGUGAGGUCAACUUCCGAUUUUUGCUGUGUGUAUUUUGAGCAUGUUCAUAACAGGAUUCCCUCUAUAAGCCAUUCCAUUCUUUAGAUAUAUCUGUUGCGGGCAUUUCUGUUCAGAUUGGCAUCAUUGGCGGUCGAUGGGAUAUAAUAUGAGCUUCUCUGCUAGAUUAAUCAAUUAAAUGUUAAUGAAGAGUUUUUAUUCUCAAUACUUAUAACCCUCGAAUACCCCAAUUUGAAAGUCGCAUCAGGAACCCAAAGUCUAG